AUGGGGAUGCUGGCUCUUUGUGCGGGUUUCCUUGCUUUAUACCUGCAGGUAAGUUUUUCUAAUGUGAGCUGCACAAAUCCUGACACAGUUUGGCACAGAAGAUCCAAAAAAUAUUUCAAUUUACUUUAUUUUUACUUGUUUGCGAAGGCUUCCUGCCAAGUUCUAGAGAUUAAAGUAAUGCUAGCGCUUUAAUUUUUGCAUUAGCUUCUCAUGCAAUGCUUUGUCAGGGACUCAUCUGAUUAUUAUUCUCAGUUCAUCAGGGUUAAUAUAAUAUUCCUACCCGCAGGUGCCCUCAUGUUACCCCACAUGCACACUCUAUGGCCUGGUAGCUGCCUGUGCCUCGAAGCACCUGUACUGGGUUCCCACCUUACCUUCAAACAUCACCCACCUCUUCCUAGAGAUGAACUACAUCAGCGAGAUCAACAGCACCUCCCUCAAAGCCUACAACCAGCUCCAAAAGCUAGACCUCGGCAAGCAAAAUGUGCAGCUCACAAUCAGGACUAACGCUUUCCUCCGGCAGAGAGUCUUGACCAGGUUGGUCCUCGGAUACAACAUCGGACUCAAACUCGAGCCGAGGGCUUUCGCAGGACUAUUCAGGUUACAACACUUGUCUUUGGACUACUGCAAAUUGUCAGACUCCAUUCUGUCGGAGAACUACCUUCAGCCCCUUAUCAACUUGGAAACACUCGAUCUCUUUGGAAAUGAAAUAUCGAGACUGCGACCGGGCCUGUUUUUCUCCAAGCUCGUAAAGUUAACCAAUCUAAACCUCACAUCAAAUCAGAUUGAAGGAUUAUGUGAAAAUGAUCUAGUUGGUUUCCAGGGGAAAUACUUCACUUUGCUGAAGUUGGACUUCAAUAAAUUGGGUAACAACUUUGAUUGGGAUCGAUGUGGGAAUCCUUUUAGGGGGGUGGCCUUUCAAAAACUGGACCUAUCAUCAAAUGAGUUUACUGUGAAUGGAUCAAGACAAUUUUUCAAAGCAAUAAUGGGGACUCAGAUUUCUCACCUUAUAUUCCAUGGACACAUGGGUAAAGGUUUUUCACACGAUAACCUCCCUGACCCGGAUUCUGGCACAUUUGUAGGCCUUACUAACAGUACCGUCGAAAUCUUAGAUCUCUCUAAAAACCGCAUAUUUUCCUUACAGGAGGCUGUUUUUAGUCCUUUUAAAGAUGUGAUCAUUAUUGAUAUGUCACUAAACAGGAUCAAUAAUAUUGGCAGAAAUGCCUUCAGUGGUCUCCAAGGACAUUUAAGGAUGCUCAACCUUUCAUUCAACCUCUUAGGAGAGAUUUAUUCUCACACUUUCUUCAGACUGACAAACCUGAGGGUGUUGGAUUUGUCUUAUAACCACAUCGGUAAGUUGGGUUACCAAGCGUUCAGCGGUCUUCCUUAUUUGCGAGGUUUAUACCUGACAGGAAACUCCCUCAAAGACCUGGGUUUCGCUGCAUCCUUACCAAACCUGGAGCGUCUUCUGUUGGGUGACAAUAAGUUAAAUUCCAUUCAUAGGAUCAAAUAUUGGGGGGGAAAGAACAGCACCCAUUUGGACUUAAGACAAAACAGAUUAACAAAUUUGGAGGAUGUUUACUCUGUUUUGGAGUAUUUCAAACGUCUACAGGUUUUUGUCUUUGGUGGAAACUUCAUCAAGUGGUGCGCUCUUAAUUCUAACUUUGACAUAUCCAAUAAUACUUUGCUGGUGCUUGAUCUCCAUGACAGUUCCCUGCAGGUAAUCUGGGCACAGAAGAAGUGUCUCGACCUGUUUGAUAAUCUAGAGAAUCUGCUCGGUCUAAAUUUAAGCCACAAUUCGCUCUCUUCUCUCCCACACGGGGUUUUCAGCGGGCUCAGCUCCAUCAUAGAGAUCGAUCUCUCAUCAAACGCUUUAACCUACCUCCACUCACAUGUCUUUCCAGUCAGCUUAAAAACUCUCCACCUCUCAGAUAACUUCCUAGCCUCCCCAGACCCUCUGGUUUUCAGGUCCUUCAGCCUCUUAAAUCUGGCAGGGAAUCGCUUUCACUGUAACUGUAAUCUGGAGCGUUUCCUGAAGUGGCUGAAUAUGACAAACGUGACCUUCCUGAGCCCCAUCGAGGAGCUCAUGUGUGAGUUCCCGUCUGCUCUGCGUCACCUCCCCCUACUUGAUUACUCCACGGUUAUUGAAACAUGUGAAACAGACGAUGAGAAGAAUUUGGAGGGUCUGAGGUUUGCUCUCUUCAUCUUCUCUGCUCUACUCACCAUCACCCUCACACUAACUGGGAUCGUGUACGCCCAUCUCCGAGGGGACAUAUUUAUUAUCUACAGGAGGAUUGUGGGUCGGGUACUUCAGGGCACAAAAAAACCCACAGCACCUGCGGGUGAGAUGAAGUAUGAUGCCUUCCUCUGCUUCACUGACGGAGAUUAUGGGUGGGUGGAGUCAGCUCUGCUGAAGAGGCUGGAUAACCAGUUUGAUGGAGGAAACAUCCUCCGCUGUUGUUUCGAGGCCAGAGACUUUCUGCCGGGCGAGGAUCAUCUCUCCAACAUCAGAGACGCCAUCUGGGACAGCAAGAGAACCGUCUGCAUCGUCUCUCAAAAGUUCCUUAAAGGUACAUUUCCCCAAACUUAAACAUAGAAAGCGGACAAAUUGAAGAGUGCAUCAACUCUUAUCUUAGUCGUCAAACCAGGAGGUCUGGUGUCAGAACUGACUGGACUGUGCCCUCUUUCUUCUAGAUGGUUGGUGCUUGGAGGCGUUCUCCCUGGCUCAGAGCCGGAUGCUGGAGGAGCUGACGAAUGUCCUGAUCAUGUUGGUGGUGGGGAAGGUGUGUGCAAAGCGGCAGGGUUACACACAUUUCCUUAAAAACACUAUUUUCAAAGUGUGUGCUGCAAUGGCUGAAUGAUGGUGCAACGACUGUCACUCCUUCACCACAACAAGAAAGUCCUUUGGUUGAACACCCUGUGCACAGAUGAGUUUUGUCCUAGUAGAGUCAAGACAUACUCGCACGGUUAAUAGGUAACUCGACCUGUAUCACUAUCAGCUCUUUAGCUGCUUACUGCUCCAUAAUGUGCAGGGCAGGUACCUCAGUGGAUGAUGGGUAAUGCAGCUCCUACUUCCCAGCAAUAGGUGUCAGCCUUGGUUCAGAUUAAAAAUAUCCCAACUCUACCUGAAAACUUCACAACUAUCUAAAAAACUGCUGCUGAGAAAUGAUUGUUUCAAAUAUAAAUGCAUGUUAUUGACCUUCCCUCCUACCGAUGUUCUUGCACAAUAAAACUGCAGGUCACUCACUACCAGCUGAUGAAGUACAACGCAGUCAGAGCUUUCGUCCAGAAGAGAGAAUAUCUAAUCUGGCCCGACGACCCUCAGGAUCUGGAGUGGUUUUAUUCGCGGCUCGUCUCACAGAUACUGAAAGACAGUAAAGUGAAAAAGUCUUCAGCGGAAAACGCUGAGUCAGCAGAACCGGACAUCCAACCAAAAAGUGAGGACAGUGACCAAUCAGACGACUUGAGAGAAACACAAAUGUGA